CCGUUACGCACACACGCAGGGAGGUUUCUGUAGCAACAGCAGCUGAUGCUGUAGCGCGGCGGCGGCUCGAGGACGGAGGUCUGCGGCAUCAGCGGCUUCUGAGGCGGGGCGACUCAUUCUCACGGCGGGGGGUUCGCGGUCGCAUGGGGAUAUCCUAAAUAUGUGGAAGGUCAGAGAACUAGUGGAUAAAGCCACCAAUGUGGUGAUGAACUACUCAGAGAUCGAGUCCAAGGUGAGAGAGGCCACCAACGAUGACCCCUGGGGCCCCUCGGGCCAGCUGAUGGGAGAGAUAGCCAAGUCGACCUUCAUGUAUGAGCAGUUCCCAGAGGUGAUGAACAUGCUAUGGACCAGAAUGCUCAAGGACAACAAGAAGAACUGGAGACGGGUCUACAAGGCUUUACUCUUGCUGGCCUAUUUGAUUAGAAAUGGGUCAGAACGAGUGGUCACCAGCGCCCGGGAACACAUUUACGACCUGCGAUCGCUAGAGAACUACAACUUUAUCGACGAGGGCGGGAAGGACCAGGGCAUCAACGUGCGGCAGAAGGUGAAGGAGAUGGUGGAGUUUGUUCAGGACGACGACCGGCUGCGGGAGGAGAGGAAGAAGGCCAAGAAGAACAAAGACAAAUACAUCGGGGUCUCCUCGGACAGCAGGGGCGGUACAGGGGGGGCAGUCUGCGGGGGGCCAGUGGGGGGUGCACUAGGAGGCAACUUCAAGAACUCUGGAAGUGGAGAGUUAGACCGGAGCAAAUGGGAUGAGGACUGGGACAAGAGCAAAGGGGCGUUCCCCUUCAGCGAGAAGCUCGGGGAGAUCAGCGACAAGAUCGGCAGCACCAUCGACGACACACUCAACAAGUUCAGGAAGAAGGAGCGGGACGACUCCCCCGACAGAACCAGUGAUGGCGACGAAGACCGGGCAUCCAGGAACGGCCGGCAGGAAAAGCUGGAGUUCAAAGACGAGGAGGAGACGGUGACCACCAAGAGCAUCCAGAUCACCCAGGCCACCGAGACCACCACCACCACCACCAGGAAACGCAGCGGGGCCCCGGGCAGCAAGACCCUGGACCUGGGAGCAGCCGCCCACUACACCGGGGACGGCAGCCCCGAGGAGAGGACGUCUGUCAGGCUAUCUCCCAGCAGUGGUCUGGCGGACCUGCUCAUGGUUGACCACCCACCUCAUCCUGGAGCUGCCUCGGGCAGCAGUUCAGAGCUCAUUGCUGGGUUUGCUGACUUCUCUUCCCCCGCAGCUUCUGCUAGCCUCCCAUCCAACAUGGGUGCUGCCACACCAAAUGGGAAUGGAGAGUUUGGGGAUUGGAAUGCAUUUUCUACCCCACCAUCAUCUGCCACAGCUUCGUCUCAGCCUUCCACUGACCUGUUUGGCAACGUCCAAUCAGCCACUGCCCCUGGACACGAUGCUGUUCCACCCUCUGCUGAGCUUUUUGACCUCAUGGGCGGGACAAACAAUUCACUGACCAAUCAGCAUGCAACGAUGUGCACGUCUCAGAGCUUGACUUUCUCUCUUGGGGGGACAACUGUUUCCAUGCCAACGAUGCCACUCUCCCGCUCCCAGCAGAGCAUGGGGGGUCUGGUGUCCCAGGGGCCAAUUGGGCCGCAGCAGAAGUUGGGGGCCGGAGGUCAGACGCCGUUGGGGUCCACCUGGUCUGAUCCCUCCGUCAACAUCAGCCUCGACUUCCUGUCGUCUGGCCUCAACUCCAAGACGCCCCCCACUCUCAACAAUAUCAUCCAGCAACAAGGCCUGCCCCCAGUCAAUCUGCUGCCCCAGAACUUUGGGGGGCUAAACCUCAGCUCCCUGCCCCCGGCCACCCCACUCAGAACACCCAAUCCUAUGAUGGCCAGCAGCGCCAUGGGCAUGCCUGCAUCCAUGGCAACGGGGACCAUGGGAAUGGGCAUGAGUGGAAUCCCAGUGAGCCAAGGCAUCAUGGGGAUGAACAUGAGCAUGAACAUGGGCCUGACGGCUCCGGUGAUGAUGGGCAGCAUGGCUGGCCUGGGCAUGCCUGCCGCGGGGAUGCCCGCCUUGGGCCUGGCUCACGCCAUCGCCCCGGUCAUGGUGCCACCCAAACAAGAUGCCUUCGGUAACUUUGGCAACUUUGACUUCGGAAAAUGAAGAAGUUCUUUCAUGAAUGCAUGUCUGACUCUGAGGUGUGUAUGUGAAAGAGGGGUGAAGACGAGAUAAAGACUAGGAGAUAACAGGAGGACUUCCUGAAGAACAGCGUGGUUUCCCAUCUGGCUCUUGUUUCUCAGGAUUCCAGUUGUUGGUCGGCAUGUUUUGGACUAAUGAAGGGGGGGAAGGGGGUGCAUUUUUUGCUGUUAGGGCGUAAAACGGCUCUGCUCGUCAACUAUGAAGUGUAAGUGCACCGGUUGACCACUAGAGGGACAAAUAGGUGUAUCACGUAUGAAGUGUUAUGGUGUUGUUUUCUUGAGACCAAUUUAAUUGCCCAUUUAUUAUAUAAUGGAUAUUUAACGAAAACAGAUCUGCACUGUCACAUCACCUCAUUUUAUUUUUGUUUAGAAAUUAUUUUCCACGUGUAGCAUUUGGAUGUGCUAUAGCCUACCAUGGCCUUUUUCUUUUGACCAUGAAAACUAAAGUGUAUCCAAGAAAGUGAAAUAUCCUACUGCUUACCUGGGGAUAAGGAUUAGUUCUGACCCCUAUAUCUUUUAUAAAGAGCGUCCCCUCCUCAAACCUUGGACACUUGUACUUGUGUACACGGUGUAAGGGCUGAAGGGAGUGUCAUCAGUAUUUGGAUCAUGCCACUGAUCCUCAGGUCCUUAAGAAUGCUAUUCCAUAUAAUUUUGAAUUAAGCUAUAGUAUGUUUUUACUAUACACAAAAUGUUUGCUAAAAGUAGUUUGAGUUUGUUCAAUCUUAGCCUAUAGUUUAAAUGUAAACUUUUCCCCUCAUAAAUAAUGGCAGAGCAACAUAAUCACAGCCCACACCAAACUUUUUGGUACCCUGAGCAUCUUAGAUUCAUACCAAGCAAAAAUCUUUAGAACAGUCAACCAUGUCAAAACUUGGGUCACUUUGUGUUGCUAGCAGAAGUGUGUGUGUGUGUGUGUGUGUGUGUGUGUGUGUGUGUGUGUGUGUGUGUGUGUGUGUGUGUGUGUGUGUGUGUGUGUGUGUGUGUGUGUGUGUGUGUGGAGAUGCAAAGAAGAGCCUGAUGGUUCUGCACUCCAAUGACCAAAUCUUUAUUUUACUAAAGGCCUAACGUUACUCAGAGGGAUCGUUAUUUGUUCCACAGCUGUUUGUCUUCAUUGUCUCGCAGGUUAUGUUUGUAUACUUGAAAGCUACUAAAAUACUUUGUAUUAAACUGUGAAUGAUAGAAUAACUCACCCUUUUCCUUUGCAGUCCAUUCAUUUGAUUGAAACCAACCUGUAUCUCUGUAGCCUACUUCUCGGCAGCUCAUUAAAUUAUAUUAUUUAAAACA